CUUGGAGUUCACUUCACAGACUUUUAACGCGAACUUGGAACGACACCUCAACCCACACAAAAGGACUCGCCGCAUCAGUCCGCAUCAGGCUGCGUUCAGAGCAACAGUUCACCUGCGUCCGAAGUCCCGAACACGCUCUGCUCCGUUCGGAACACGACUGUACCCUACCCAAGACAAGUCCCGCUCUUUCUUUCUCAAAGACUUGAGCGAUGGAUUCAUUUUUGACAAUCACUACUGCCCUUCUACUAGUUGGGUUUCUAUCUUCGACUGCUUCCAGACAUUUCGACACUGAAUGUUACACAGCCAAUGGAGGGGACUACAGGGGCUGCCAGAACCAGACGAGCCUCCUGGGGGGCAAGCCCUGCCUCUUCUGGAAUGAGACCUUCCAGCACCCCUACAACACCCUCAAGUACCCCAACGGAGAGGGGGGUCUGGGCAGCCACAACUACUGCAGGAACCCUGAUGGUGACGUCCAGCCGUGGUGUUACAUCGCUGACCAUGAAGAUAGAAUCUACUGGAGAUACUGUGACAUCCCCAACUGUCAGAUGCCAGGUAACCUGGGUUGUUUCAAAGACAGUGGAGACCCUCCCACCCUGACAGGGAGCAGUGAGACCUCAGACAAACUCACCAUCCAGAACUGCAUCAGCUUCUGCCGGAAACAGAGAUACAAGCUGGCUGGGAUGGAGUCGGGUUACGCCUGUUUCUGUGGCAACGACCUGGACCUGCAUCGCCAUGGCAAAGCACCCAGUAUGGAAUGCAACCACGUGUGUUUUGGUGACCACACCCAGCCCUGUGGAGGAGAUGGAUGGGUCAUCAUCUUCGACACUCGUGUUGGUGCGUGCGGGGGUAACUACUCUGCCCCCUCUGGGGUGGUCUACUCCCCUGACUUCCCUGAUAAGUACGAGGCAGGGAGGGUCUGCUACUGGACUGUCCAGGUACCUGGAGCCUCCAUGAUCCUGUUCAACUUUACCUUCUUUGACAUCUCGGACCAGAAAGACAUGGUGGAACUGCUGGAUGGCUAUACCACCCAGGUGUUAGCACGGUUCGAUGGCCAUAACCCGCCCCGGGACCUGGUCAACGUCACUGGAGACUUUGUUAUCCUCUACUUCUACUCAGACCGCACCAACCAAGCAAAGGGCUUCGCUGUCACAUACCAAGCACUGAGAGGCCUGGACACCAGACCUAUGGAUGAGGAAGAGGAGGAGGAGGAAGAUGAGGACACUAGUACAGUGGAGCCUCAGCUUAACGGCGUAACGGAGAAGUCUAACGGGAGCGGUAACGGACGUUCCUCUCAGAUCCUCUAUGUGAUAACAUCCAGUCCCGGUAAACCGGACCACAACAUGCCAGGUCAGUGGGCCGGACCCAACAGGACCAACGGACACACCUCUAUGUGGACCAUCUACGCUCUAGCUGCUCUCCUGACUCUGACAGUCAUAGCCAUGGUGGCUAAACUACUCCUGCAUAUUACAGUGAAAUCUCCCAACAUCCCAACCAUCAGUGGUUCAGAGAGCUGCAGCGGGCAGAGUGCUGCGUCCGAGCCCUGGAUCAUCUUCUACCGGCCCUCCACCAUCUCCCUCUUCAAGAAGAAGCUAAAGAACCACCACGGAGACCUCAGCCCUCUGGUGGGCAACUAGCGAACUGCAGUCUGGUCCACUACAUCACCACCAUCACCACUACUUCACCCUGUACCAGGGCCUACCGCACCAGAGCUAGCCACAGAGCUAGCCCCUCUACCAAUGAGACUCUAUGGGGCACUGAGCUACAAAGCUAACAUGCUAACUAAUGACUGAUUCACUGACUCACUGAGUGACUACUACCAAAUGGCCCAAGAGCCAAAUCCCUAAAGGGGAUCCAGACAGGGCUGUCUGUGUCUGCUGUGUACAAGGCAGGAGAGGAGGGCAGAUAUACAGUGUAAGGUGGACUUUUUACUGGGAGCCAUGCAUAUUCCCUAUCAGUGACUGUCAUAGGUGUCUCACAGAACAAGGGGUUGGAUCUUGACCAAUGUCAGAGUAAGGCCUAGAUUCAAUCAGAUCAAGCGUUAAACAGCGAUAUCUGAUGUUUUGGCGGUGUCAGAGGUGUAACUGUGUUGGAGCAGUCAAAUCGGUUAGCAGCUGCUCUUGAUCACUGUCACAAAGCCACACCCACAGCUCGCGUUAGAAGUUCAGAAGGAGAAAGUGUAGGCUCAAAUUAAAAAUCACUCAACGAAAUAAGAGUAAUCGAGGUAUAGAUUACAACUCACAUUCCUGUGUUCGAACUUGUAAAGAAGGCUGCAUGGGAUUUCUCUUAAUGCGACUCCGUGCAGCCAAUGAUAAUGUCCGCUUUAGGGAUAAUGCCAGGAGCCACUUGUGGAUUUGAAAACUCUAAAGCAGUUCCACCUCCGACACUGCUAUCUCUUCCACACUGCCUCUGGAGGAAACUGUAUCAAGAGUCUCUACUAUGGCCGCUGGUGGAUGAGGGAUAGGGG